AAAUCUCCCUCCUCUGGAAAAUGAUGAGAAAAAGGCAUCCAAGAACUGCCACGAUAUGGUGUCUGUUCAGCCUGAUUUGACGCAAACAGUGGUCAGUAUACGUCCAGCCAAUGUUGACUCCCCAAACAACAACAUUGAACCAACAGUCGACAAGACAGCCUCAAUGAGCAACAAGUCGCAGCAGCUGGCACAGACCCUAUCAAAAGGGGGCAGCAAGUAUGGCCCUGGCGACCACAUGUUGACAGAGAAUCCCCUUGGUGGCUCCAUGGAGAAGUUGGCCAUCAAAUCGCAACCCAAGAACACAAUGUCCAUGAGUUCAAGCAUGUCAAUGAACCAGCGGCCAAUCUCAAACGGAGAUGUCCAGUCAGCCAGUCGGUUAUCACUCAUGUCCACCCAGUUACCAUGCAACAUCGAAGCUGAUGCCAUCAUCUGGGGCACGUUUACGCACACUGGUGGACGACUGUGCCUCAAUGAAUCAG